CGGGCCCCCGCGCUCACUUCCUCGGGGAGGGGUUGGGGCCGCGCUCCCACUCGCCCACACAGUCCGUCUGCAGCCGGCAGCCUAGCCUGCAGCUUGCGCGGCCCCCGCUCUGCCCGGCCCGCAGGUAGGAGCCGCCGAGGGACCUGGAGCCCGCUGUCCGGCCCACCCGCGCCGCGCGCCCCGCUCCUGCCUCCCGCUUCGAGGGCUCCCUCACAUCACCAUCAUGAGCGAGGCAUUUGACUGCGCAAAAUGCAGUGAGGCCCUGUUUGGCCGCAAGUACAUCCAGACAGACAGCGGCCCCUACUGUGUGCCCUGCUAUGACAACACCUUCGCCAACACCUGUGCUGAGUGCAAGCAGCUUAUUGGUCAUGACUCAAGGGAGCUGUUCUAUGAAGACCGCCACUUCCACGAGGGCUGCUUCCGCUGCUGUCGCUGCCAGCGCUCCUUAGCUGAUGAACCCUUCACUUGCCAGGACAGUGAGCUGCUCUGCAACGACUGCUACUGCAGUGCCUUCUCCUCACAGUGCUCUGCCUGCGGAGAGACCGUCAUGCCUGGGUCUCGGAAGCUGGAAUAUGGAGGCCAGACAUGGCAUGAGUACUGCUUCCUGUGCAGCGGCUGUGAACAGCCACUGGGCUCCUGUUCUUUUGUGCCCGACAAGGGUGCUUACUACUGCGUGCCCUGCUAUGAGGACAAGUUUGCUCCUCGCUGCGCCCGCUGCAGCAAGACGCUGACACAGGGUGGAGUGACAUACCGUGAUCAGCCCUGGCAUCGAGAAUGUCUGGUCUGCACUGGGUGCCAGAAGCCCCUGGCAGGGCAGCAGUUCACCUCCCGGGAUGAAGAUCCUUACUGUGUGUCCUGUUUUGGAGAACUCUUUGCACCUAAGUGCAGCAGCUGCAAGAGCCCCAUCGACUCGGUGGAGGCAAGUACGUGUCCUUUGAAGACCGACACUGGCACCACGGCUGCUUCUCCUGUGCCCGCUGCUCCACAUCCCUGGUGGGCCAAGGCUUUGUGCCAGAUGGAGACCAAGUGCUGUGCCAGGGCUGCAGCCAGGCAGGACCCUGAGCCAGGGCUCCUGGGCCCAGGCUUUCCCACACCAGGGCGCCAGGACCACGGCUCCUUUUCUAAACCAUUGGUGGGACCCAGCCCCUCCCCACAAUGGGUCUCCCCCUGGGCUCCAGGAUUCGGUCUCCCCACUCUAACAUCCCCAAACUGGUACUCCCUGACUCAGGCCCCCAAACCUGGGCUCUUGGAGAGCCUCCAUGACUCAAGCCCCCUCCCUAAACGUGGAUUCCAGAACUCAGCCCUCACCCCAGAUCAGGGCUCCAGACCCCAGCCCUCCAAACCUGGACUCUGGGACCUAGAUCCCCUUAAAUCUAGACUCCUUUUAAUAGAUUUUAGGUGUCCUGAGGGUGCCUGAGAAGUCCUCAUGAAUGGACUAUGCUCAGGCUCAGGUAGGACCCAUCCCUACCCCCAGGGCUGGGGCUCUUUGAGCAGCAGGUCAGGGACUUGAUAGGGGGUCUUGGGGUACAGGUUGUUGCCCAGCCCCUGUCCAUUGAGUGUCUUGUUUUAUUUCAGCUCCAUUUUGCCCAGAGAUGGUCAGAGGGGUGGGAUUGGCUUGCCCCUCUUCCAGAUUCUUCAAUAAAGCAGAGUGAGGAAGCA